ACAACUGACAAGUGAAAUUAAAAUGGCUGCCGCUUCCAUCCCUUCAACAUCAGGGAUACAACAAACUCCCUCAAAUAAUAAAGAAGAAGAAAAGGUUCGACCCUACACUAUUGAAGAGCUUCUAAUACAGAUUGAAAACCACUUAUACAAAAGUUCUACGCAUCGGGCAUCAUUGUUAAUUGCUGUUUGGUCAUGUCUCGGUGGAAGAAUAGGUUAUUUCCGCAACAUAGAAAAAGUUUUCCAUAUGCUUUACAGAGAAAGUGCUUUGAUGAUAUUUGGUGGCCAUUGGGCAACAAUAGAUAUUCUGUUCAAAAGAGGUUUAGCUCGAGCCCUUAUUCAGUACUCACAUGUUAUGGGCAAAUAUGUAGAAGGGUCAGAAGGCCUUUGUUCUGCUCUAGUCAUGGCAGUGUACGAUCCUUGGGGAGAUCCAAUUAUUCGGAAGUUGCUUAAUCAAGAAGAUGUUGAGCUGAAUUUGUUGAAAGAAUUUAUUUCAUCUGAACCCCAUGAAUUGUUACUCUUAAGAAUAGAAUGUCUAGUCAAUGCUCAUUUUGAAGAAGCUGCAAUUCGACUUCUACGUGUCAGCUUACACAGUGUAUCAGCUUUUUCAUUAAAUGACGAAGAAUGUGAUAAUGGAAAAGACUGGAAAUGGCCUUAUAUGGAAUGGUUGCUUCGGCUACUAUUUCGGAAACGAAGGCUUAAUGACAUUAUUUUAGAGACUUCAUCUUGUAGCUGCCAUGAUGGUGUUCGCUUGAUAUAUCGCUCUUUUCAAUCAUCUAUUGAAGAUUCUGAGGCUUUAACAGGAACAUUAAUAAAUAUAUUUCUAGUUCGAGAUCUUCUCUUCAAGUCAAAUUACUGCUGUACUAGUGAAUUGAUGAAACUUUGGUGUGAAUUCCAAGCUAAAAAGCAAAAAUCUGCAUCUGAAAUUCAAGAAGCGGCACGAAAACUUCUUGUAGGACAUGCUUCUUCUAGUGCACAGUUUUAUUUAUUUGUGGAUAUUCUUUGGGCUAAGUUUGGAAUUUCUCUUCUUCCAUUGUAUUUGGAAAUGUAUAUUAGAGGACUAACAUCUGAUCUAAACUUUCUGGAAGCAGCUAGGCAGGUUGAUAAUAAAGAAUAUGUGAUGGAAAUAGAGGAUCAUAUGGCAGCUAUGUAUUUUAAAUUAUUCACUCUAUUCAAUGCUAUCAACAAAGAAAUUGCUUUGGAAUGCCUAAUGAGUUCUUUCUCCCUGGUUCCUACCAAAGAAAGACUGGAAUGGAUAAAAAAGCUUUCAUUACAAAUAUCUAAAGAAAAGGCUUUGAAAGCAGCUGCUGCAAAUGAUGAUUCUAAGAAUAAACAGAACUUUUGUAACAAAAGUGGUUGUCCUCGUAAUUGCAUUCAUCCUUCUACUGUUAAGCGAAAACCGGUUAUGUGUGAUCAAGCAAUUCAAGUUGGGGAUGAUUCAUUUGCUGAUUUUGAAAACUUGCAAGGCAUUUCAAUGGAUAAUCUAAAUUUAAUUAAUCAGGGAAGUUGUGAUAGCCCCAAACCUCAAACUGUAAUGAACAGCAAUGACAAAAUAGCUGAUAAUUUAGAGAUUGCAAUGGGCAAAAAUAAGCAACAACUGAUGAAUACUACUGAUGAAAUAUUAACAAACAAAGUUCAGAUGAAUGGUAAUUCUAUAAAAAAUGUAGAUAGUGAUCUCAUUGUUCUCAAAGAAAAAACUUGUUUGUGCAAAUCAGGUGGAAGGGAAAGUAAUUGUAGAGAUGGAAGAUGUAUUCAAGAUACAGUUGAUGAAACAAAUGGGAAUGUUAAUAACAGCAAUGUGAUAAGUGAGCAGGCUGUAAAUUUAGUGAAAGAUUGUUCCAUUCUUGGAGAUGAAACCAAAACUACCUCUUCCUCAGGUUUUUACCAUGACAAUUCAUCUGUAGUUAAUAGUGAAACUGUAAACAUUAGUACUGGAAAGGUAGUAUUUAAUAGCAAAGUUGAUAAAAUAAAAAAUAUGUCCUCUUUUGUUAACCAUGAAGUUAAUGAUGAGGACCGCUGUGUUUUAGAUAAAAGUGCCAUUGAUAUUCAGGGAAGUAGCACAGAAAAACUUACCAAUGAUAUUCCAAUUAAUUAUACUAUGGAUGCUCAAAAGAAAGCUUUAAAUUCAUCCACUGUGAUUAAGGAUGGCGAAGGAAACAGUAACUGUCCUGCUAAUAUUAAAGAAAUUAUUCAUGUAAAUGGUUAUAUGGAAACAGAUACUACUGAUGAAAAAACUCUUAUAAAUACAAAUGAAGAUAAAAAAUCUGAAUCUGAAACCAUGGUAUGCAUUUCUAACAAUGUUGAACCAGAAUCACAUAAUUUUACUGAGAGUACUGAUGGCAAAAUUACAUUAUCAGAAAAACCAAAAGAAAAUUAUCAAGAUGCCAUGCAAUCUGAAAUGACAUCAAGCUCAGUACCUCAACUUUUCAAAGUACCUGCCGAAACAAAUCCCAGUGUUAAUGAAAAUGAACCCAUGAUGACCAGGAGAUCUAAUUUCUUGAAAAAUGGGCAUUCAGUUACUUUUUCUCAUAUUGUUCUUGAUUCUAAAAUACCUGGCAUUUCUUCUGAUAUAACUUCAGAUUUUGUUAUUGUUCUUGAAAGUUUAAGAAACAGGCAACUGAAAAGUUCUUGCAAAUGGAGUCAAAUAAAACAUUUAUGCGAAAAUUACUUAAACAUUGUAGCAAAUGCAAGAGAGAAAAUGCGGGAACCUGUAGUGAACAAUAAUGCUGGUAAUGCUGCUGAUUCCAUUUCAGAAUUAUUUGAAUUUAAUCAGAGCAUCGAUAGUAUGUCUGAGGAUCAUUAUGCUGAUAAAUCGCAUGUUUUGAGACGUUUCAUGAAUUCUGAUAAUGCAGCAGGUAUAGGAACUUAUAUUAAUUUAUCAGAUAUACAUUGCCCUCAGAUUCCACUGGACAAACUCUUUUAUUCAGAUCACUCUUCCUCUCAUUUAAUGCAUAAGAAAAAGCACAAAAGGCACAGAAAUCAUGAUAAAAAUACAGACAGCCUUCUGGGGAAGAAGAUAAGACAUGGGUCCCGAACUCAGAGGGAACAAAUUAAGAGAAAAAAGAAGAAAAAGCGUAAAGCUAAGCGAACGAAAGGGCAUACUAAAAAACAUCAUUUCACACAUGGGAAAGUAACUAAAGAGUAUGUGAAGACUAAAAAGAAGAAGCACAAACUGAAGAAAAAGAAAGAAGGAAAUUCUGGUUUCAUUUCUGGUGAUUAUUGUAGUGACAUUAGUUCUGGAGCAUUAAUGCGGUUAGUAAAGGAACACUCUCACAAUUAUUCUAAAUUUCCUGCUUCUACUUCAAAACAUCCUUAUACUUCUGCUGUGGUUUUGGGAAGUGCUAGCUCAUCAGAUGCAAAUGAUGAGCCUCAAAGGAAGAAAAGGAAAAUUAGCAAGAAAAGAGUUUGUGAUGAAAAGUGCCAUGAUAAACAUAAACGUAUUAAAUCAAAAUCUGGGAAACGCAAAAAGACAGUUGUUAUGGAAAGUUGCAAAACCGACUUAAAAAAUAUAAUGGAAAAUAAUGAGAUUGAUGGAAAUGUGGAUUCUGUCAAUGAUUAUUCACGCAUUGUGCAGUUUUCUAGUGUAAAGAAAAUGGAAGCUGUGCAAAUACGUCAACGAUCUGUGGCUCUGAAUCUUUCUAAAGUAAACAAUAAACCUGAAAACAAAGCUCCAUCUGUUAUUCCUUGCCAAGUAAAACCUCAAAAAUUUUCAUCUGAUGCAAGUCCUCUUGAACAGUUUGUGAGCCAAAAUUUUGAUAAUUAUAGUCCUGAAGACAUCAUGAAAAUGCAAUUAUUAAUGGCAAGACAACAACCUGUUUCUGCCUUAACUACUACAGUUUCUACUACCAAUAGCCAAGCAGUUGUCAAAUAUGUUUGUUCAAAAACAACCUCUCGUUUAUUAUCAGUUGCACAAACCAAUUGUACUCUUGGAUCAGAUUCAGAAGCAAGCAAAUCACCUGUUCCAACAUUUACAAGCAGAACUUCAGCUGGUCAGAAAAUGUCUUCAGUUCUUCACCAACCUCAAAAUCUAUCCACAAAUGUCAAACAUUUCUUGAUUGAAUCAAAUAACAAACCAUAUAAAAUUUCAGGUAAUACUGCAAUGUCUUGUGGAUCUGUGGUUCCUGCCAGUCUUUCAGGGAGUAAUUACACUGAUGUCCACAAUUUAACUGGAACCGUUCUUAGUGGUAAUAUUAAUUAUCCAGGUACUUCAACAUCACCUCAAGUCACAGCUUUCGCUUUACCAGUUGCUGCUAAUCCUUUAGGAGGUAAAUUGGUUGGUAAUAAAAUUGUAAUACCAUUACCUCCAUGUGGACAUCUUCGAACAACAGCUCCAGGAAUGGCUUUAAUUCCUUCAGAUUCUUCUAACUUUGCUUCCAUAUCUGGAAGUCAGCCUUCUUCCAACAUUAUUAUUGUUAAAAAUGGCAAUAAUACUCAAAUUAUUCAUGCACCUCAACAUCCUAACAGUUCUCAUUCAUAUAUUGCCAGCACCAAAGUUACACCAGUUGCUAGAAGUAGGAAUAUCAAUCCAGUAGUUUCUAAGACUGUACCUAAAAUGAUAAAACAAGCUGCUAAGAAAUUGGUACAGCCUGUUGUAAAAAGAACUAUAACCAAAACUUCUACCAUUUCUAAACCUAAUAAUAAAGAUUUUUCGAACCUGUCAAAACCAAUGCCUCUCUCUAUUUCUGAUACUUCAACUACAAGUGCAUUAAACAAUACUAGUAUUGAACCUUCACCUGAAAGUCUUCUGGUACAGAGAGCUAUUGCUGAAGCUAAAAGGGCUAUAGCUGAAAGCAAUCCCGAUCGUCCUCUUGAUUUGAAAAGUGUACCAAAAGAAAAUUCUGAAACUAUCACCAAAAAGGAGGAAACAGCUUCUCUCUUGACUCAAUCUGAUAGCAAAAUUGUUGCAAAAGAAUCCCUUGAAACAGAAGAAAUUUCAGUCUCAACUCCUGGCUCACCAAGAUCUAAUGAAUCAAAUUCUGCUAAAAUUGAAAAAGAAAUGCCUAUCUCUGAUGAUCCUGUAUCAUUGGAAUUGGAGGGAAGUACUGAAACUCCUGUACUUUCUGAAGAAACUGACAAGUUAGAAUCAAACAAAUCUGAUUUAUCUGAUAAAUCAAAUGAAAAACCAGUGAAUGAACAUGUGGCAGAAGUUGAAUUAAAAAGUGUUCCACAAUCACCUGAAGAAGAAGCAUCUGCAGUAAAAGUGGACACUGAUCCUGAACAAGAGAAUGUCCCCAACUGUAUUGUAACUGAAAGUGAAACUAUUUCAAAAAUUACUUCACCCACUGAUAAAACUUCCAUUGAAACUGCUGAAAAUGUAGAUUCUGAAAACAAAAGUCCUGCAAUUGAGGAAAAUCAACCAACACCAGUAUCUGAUGAUACAGGAAUUACAGAACCAGUUGCUACUGAAUCCAAAACCAGAGUAUGCUCAGCACCUGUUAGUCCAACUAUCAGUGAUCAGCCAAAAGAACUGCAACCCAUAGAUACUUCCGAUACUACUUCAGAAGUGAAAAAUUCUGAUAAAUCCAUUAACCUUCUUAAAGGGGAAAGCAGAACUUCAUUGCCAGAGGGUGCAACCAGAUCUUUUACUUCCAUUAGUGAUGCUGUUCGUUUUAGUCUAAUGGAUAUGGAUGAUGCCACAGAUUCUGUUGAAAAUCAGGUUCUUCAAGCCUUCCAAGUUUCUCAUGAAUCUUCUCCAAAUUCACCUGCAUAUGACAAUAAUUCUACAAAUGAAGGUGAUGCUGGUGAAACAUCACCAUCUUCUGUCAUUCUUACAACUCCACAAAGUACAACUACAACUGAGUUGAAUGUUAGUAGAGUAUCUCAAAGAUUUGAAACAUCAGUUCACAGUUCUGAAACUGAAAAAUUUGCUGACUGCCAGAGUACUGUGUCUCGAACAACUACAUGGAUUCUGGAGGAUACAUCUCUUAAUGAAUCAUCUCAGGUAAUGCAAGUGCAAAAAUCACCAGAUCUCGAUUCAUCAGGAGAAGGUAAGGACGAUGAUAAGCCAAAGAAGAAGCGAAAGAGAAAAGAUAGAUGUGAAAGGGAUUUAGAAGCCACUCACAAAUUUUGGUGUGAAAUAUGCCAUAAAGGGUUCUUUUCUGCUUAUAAUCUGAGGCGACAUUGCAGAAAUGUACAUAAAAUGAAUCUUCCUAGAGGUUCUUCUGAAUUACCAUUUGGUCCUAAAAAUACCCCUGAAAUAUCUUUUGCUAACAACUCCCAGUGCCAUCAGCAGGUUCAACAAAAUGAAAGCUCGCCAUCAGAAACAACUACUCCUCCCCGUUUGGGCUAUGUCCAACAAGCAUGCAUCAGCCCUAAAGGGGCUGAAUUCUUGUUACAGUCUCCUACAUGUGAAAAUAAAACACAAGAUUUUUCAAUGAAGACAUCAACUAAUCAACAUACAUCACAGUUACAAAGUUCUGACUUCCAAAUGCAAACUCCUGCGCGAAUGUCCAAUCCAUCUUCUUCUAGCCAUGUUCCGCCAGUAACCCCACCAAAGGAUUUUCGUUUGCAAAAUGUUACUACUACACCUACUCAGUUGUCACCAAAUAAAAUGUCUUCAAUUACCAAACCUGCUACUUCCCCAAAAUUUCAAAGGUUGUCAACUUCUUGCUCAACACCCACAGGUUCUCAAUUGCCAAAAAUUUCUCAAAUUUCUUUAUGUGGACAACCUGCUCUGCAGCAACAAAGACAAGUAGCACAGAUUCCAUCAUCACCACUUGUGCAGCCUCUAACAGGUGGUGCUUGUCAAGCUCAACAGUUACAAGCAGCUCAAUGUUCUCAUUUCCAGGCUAAUAAACAAAUCGUUCAACAGAGAAUUGGACAACUGCAGCUUAUGCAUCAUGCUGGACAAAUGUCUCAAGUUCAGCAUUCACCUCAUGGAAUUCCAAAACAAACUCAAGUCCAACCAUAUAAGAAGAGUACUGCUACACAGCAAAGUACCAAGCUAACAGAAACUGAGAAAAUUCAACAGGCAGCUCAACUAGCCCAGACUCAACAACUUUUGGCCAAUCAGCAUCUGCAAAAAUUGAUGCAAAUCAGACAGAAUGCAAUUGCAAAUUCUGGAGCUGCCUCACAGUUAUCCCUUGGUGCUCCUUUACCAGGGAUUCAGUCACCACCAUCAAAAUCAGCCACUCAGUGCUUUCAAUCGCAAAUAGUUGCAGCUCGACAAACAGCAACUGUUGCACCACUACCAACACAGCAAAGAAAUCAGGCAGCAAGCUAUGCUUUAGCAUCUCAUGAUUCAACUUUGCACCAGUUUUUUCCAUCAUCUGUUCAAAUAGGUCAAGAACAACCCAGUUGUCCCCUUGCUUUCACCACACAAAAUGUAGCUGAAUUUAGCAGCAAUCCUUCACCAUAUCCUAAUCCUAUCCCUAUAUCUACAGAAACAAGUGAUAAACUUGAUGAUUUAGAUCAAUUUCUUAGGGAAAAUAUGGAAUGGAAUCCUGAACAGGCAAUUACUCAUGCAUUAAAUCAACAGCCUGGAAAUCGUCCAUCUAGUGCUGAAUCUAUACCAUUAGUGAUUCCUCCACAACCACCUAUUUCAGCACAAAAUAGAACUGGAACCCAGGUAAAAAAUAAAACUUCUAUAACACGACCCAAACCCCGUAAACCAGUUGUUGCAUCGUGUUCAAAAAACUUGUUGGGAAACCUAGGCCGUGGUGUUAAGAAAAAGUCUUGUCCCAGAAAAGCAACAAAAAAUUUAGAAACAGAUACUACUAAAUCUGAUGUUUUCUCUCAAAAUAAUCUUAUAAGUCAGCAAGCACAUGGCCUAGAUUUAAUGCAAAGACAAUGCAAUAAGGGGACUUCCAGUGACAUAUAUUCUUCAAAGCCACUUUCAAAAGGUGCAGCUGUAAGUUCAAUUAAUGAAACUGACAGUUCAGAUAGUGUUCAGUGUAUUAAUGUAACACAUAAUUCAAAUUCUAAAAAUGUGUCUGUUGGUAUUAAUUUCAACACAUUCUCGCCUGCUGAAAAAAGCAUGAACACCUUAUCUAAUGCUGAACCAAAUUCAAGAGUUAUGUUUGGUGUACAAAAUAAGAAUCCUUUUUUAGACCAAUGCAAUUUAGUGAAUAAAAACUGUUCAAAUGUAGGUGAUAACCUUUGUGAUAAUAAUUCAGUUCAUAUUGGAAGUCCUUUUGCAGUCAAGUCUAAAGAUACUUUAUGUGAUCCGAAGCCAACAUUCUUUGGAAAUGCAACAACCUCUAUGUGUUCUAAAAGAUCUGAAGCUAUGCAGGAUGUUUUUUUAGGACAGCGAAAUAGUGAGAACUGCGAUUCAUCUCCGAAAGACAGGCAUUUCUUUAAUGUUGAUGUACCUGCAGGUGUAAAUUAUAAUCAAAAACUUCAUAUUUGUCGUGAUAAGAAGAUUGGUGAAUGUGGUUCAGCACUUGAAAGUAAUAAAGAUUGUUCUGUGUCAAACAUACAGAAUAAUCUUUUUUUAGGUGAAAAAACUGCAAGCAGUAACAGUGCAGUGAGUGUCAAAAUGGAUAAUGAAUCAAAUGUUAAUUCUGAAAAUACUGCUUUAGACAAAGAUAGCAAUGAAAAGAAUUCUGCUGUAAAUACCAGUUAUACUUCAGCUACUACAGGCACAAACACACUUGACCUGAAGGAUGAAAUAAAAAGAGACGGCCCUGACCAGGAAGUAAAGUUGCUAAAAAGUGAAUGUGAUAUGAACUGUAUGAAAUUUACUGGUAGUGAAAUCAGUGAGCACUUUAAAGGAAUUCUUGACAAUAGUACAAAAAAUACAAACUGUGGAACUCAAAACGAAGAUUUACCACUUGUAACUACUCAUUUAUCAGAAAAUAUUAAAGGAAAAGAUAUAAAUUUUAACAAUGUGCUGGAUUUUAAUACUGAUAAGUCUUUGUUACUAAAUUCAACGCCUAAAAAUUCGAAUCCUACUGAAAAUUCAUCAAAGAGUGAGAUUUAUGAAUUCUCAUCUGGAAAUUUAGAAAAAAAUAAGCUUGAAUAUAUUCCCUCAGAAAAUGAUGAUAUAAAUAAUGAAAUUAAGAUGGAGAGAAGUGAAGUGAUGAUUGAAGUUAAAGAUUCUUCAAAAGACUCAUCUAAACCAACAGAUGCCUUCUGUUCUCAUAAUAAAAAAAAUGAUGAAAUUCCUAAAUCGGAAAGCAUUGAUAAAUGUGAUGAAAAGCAUAUACCAAAUGAUGAUAAUCAUGACCAACAUUCUAGUCAGGAAAAUAAAGUUCCAAAUAGUAUGAGUCAUGGAUCUGAUGUGAUUUGCAAUAAUGAAAAUGAAGCAGCUUCAAAACGUGUUGCCUUAAGAAUUCACAAGUCUCAAGAAUGUUCCAAUAUGGCAAAUGAUGAUCAGUUUUAUGUUGCUGAAAAGUCUCUUAACAAUGUAAAAGUAACAAAAAAGAAUUCAAAUAAAAAGAAAAAUAAUAAGAAAUGUAAAAUAUCAGACCAUGGUACAACUGAUAAAGCACCACCUCUUAAAUUAGACAUUAAUUCAAAUAUACAAAAUACAGAUUUGUCAGAUAAUGGGAACAAGCAAGAUGAAGUAAAUGGUCAAAUCUGUGAGAAUGCAAAUUAUUAUCCAGACAUUGAAGAUAGUAGUCAUCACUCUGAAGAAACUCUAGAAAAUGAUCUCAUCUGCAUUUCUGAUAAACAAAAACAUCAAACCUCAGAGGAAAUUCCUACUGGAAGAUUGCGAUUGAGAGAUACACCAAAGACUUCUGUUAAAAGAGUUUGUCCUUGUUGUAUAGAUUCUAGAAUGCCCAAAAAAUGUCGUGCUAAUGGUGGCAAUUUCUUAAAGCUGUUUGGAUCUAAGGUUCCAAAUUCUAACAAGGCAAAAACAACGCUGAAAACAAAAAAUGCUUCAAAUUCUCUCAGUUCUAAGGUGAAUACUCGAUCUUCUCAACGACUCAGGUCACGUAAUAAUGCUAUCAGCUAAUCUUCGAAAAAUAUUUUAUGUGAUUCUUAUUUAAAUCUAGUCUUAAUAAUAUGUAGUAUUGUGGAUGCUCUUGUAAAUAUACAUUGUACAGUAAAAAUUAAAUCAUUGGCUUUUUAUAUACACAUGUACAGCUUUAUAUCUUGUAAGAUAGAUGUUAUCAAUGAAAUGAUAUUGAACUCUUCAAAUUUCUGAUUUUAUGACAUUGAAUUCAGCAUUUGUCGAUAAAUCAUUUGAUCAUAGUUCUUUUGAAUGAGAACUGGUUGCAUAUCAUUGCUUUUCAUGAAAAUGUAGGAUGCAGAAUUUUUCAUCCUGAAGGAUGUUAAAUUCACAUUAUGUUAAUAAUUCAAUGUUUGAUUUUUACACUGAUCAUGAAUAAAAUGGAUUUUAAUGUUACA